UUUUAUUUUCAAAGACAUUGGUGCCGCGAGAGGGGGGGAGAGAGAGAGAGAUGGUGGCGGUGGGGGUGACGUCUGCGUCUCUGGUGAGGCCUUCCACCUGCCAUACCUACUUCUUACCAUAUAUACAUGGCCGCUUUAUUCUUCGAUGUUUUUCCUCCUUCGCUCCGAGUUCCAAUCCCAGGCUCACUCGACCCCAGCAGCGGUUGGGUCGUUCUAAAACCUUAUACCUUGCUUCGGCCAUGGAAUCUUCGUCUUCUCAGCCAUCUCAACAGACAACUCCUGGAGAUGUAAGCAAUGGGGGAAAUUUCUACAAUCUUCUUGAAUCUCAUCAGGAAAAAGCUGCUCGUUUAUCACCGGUUGAUGAAGUUCGGACAAUGCUGGACAACAACUUAAGGGGUGUUCUUUCUACAUUUUCUCAGAAGCAUGAAGGUUACCCAUCUGGUUCUCUAGUUGACUUCACUUGUGAUGGCAGCGGGUCUCCAAUAUUAUCAAUCAGUUCUUUGUCGGUCCAUAUGAAGAACCUUAUGUCGAAUCCUAAAUGCUGUUUGCUUGUGACAAGGGAUCCUGAAGAUAAGAGUGAACUAGUAGUCACUCUUUAUGGUGAUGCUAUUUUUGUUCCUGAGGAGAAAAGAGAUGUAGUCCGCAGUUUAUACCUGAAAAGACAUCCUGAGGCCUUCUGGGUUGAUUUUGGCGACUUCAAGUUUAUGACAAUUGAACCAAAGGCUGUACACUAUGUGUCUGGGGUUGCUACUGCAUUUCUACGUUCAGGAGAAUUUACAGGGGAGGAAUAUAAAGCUGCAAAAGUGGAUCAAAUAUCUCAAUUUUCAAAACCCAUCUCGUCUCAUAUGAAUCGAGAUCAUGCAGAUGAUACUAAAGCAAUUGUGCAAUAUUCAACUUCAAUUAAGGUUGAAUUUGCUCACAUGUUGGAUGUAGAUAGCCAUGGGUUUAAUGUCAAGGCUGGUUAUCAAGGGAACACUUUUGUACUGCGGAUUCCCUUCCCAAGGCGUGCAGUGGACAGGAAGGAUGUGAAGAAUCUGAUUGUGGAAAUGCUCCAGUCUGCUAAAAGUGCUGGAUUGCCUACUUAACAUGAUUUGACAAGGAAUGCGAAGAUUCUGGUUGUGGAAAUGCUUGAGUCUGCUAAAAUUGCUGGGUUGUUUACAUAAAAUGAUUUGUCAAGGUUGUCGCCGAAUGAAUUUUCCUUUCUUCUGGUCUUGAUCAAGUUGCAGCAUUUUGAAAUUGACUUGGUGUCGGUUUUCAUGUUUUUGGAAUUUGUUUAGUUCUGUUGUAAAAAUUUAGUUGCCGUACAUCCUUUGUUUACAGGUUCUUGCAAUAGGUAACAGUCAGAACUCUUAAUUACUGCAAGUUGCGGAAGACAUGACAUGAAACUCAGUGAUCUGCAUCACUUUGUAAACAUCCUAGCCAUUGUCUAUUAGUAAGAAGGGAACGUCUUAUCCAAUAUUUA